AGCCCCCACCCUGUCCUUGAAAUGGUUCUGGCUGGGUAGCAGCCUCUAGGUGGUGUGGGCGAAAUUUGGGACUGGUUUAGGGCAGGGACAAGACUAAGAACACAGGAUUCCUUGUACUGCUGUAAAGAGGGAGGGAGGAGGAAAUUGGAGACCCCGUUCCCUGCUUAGUCACUCUCCUGCUCGUAGUCCGUGAUGACUUGGUCCAGGGUGUUCCUCGGUGUCAUCUUGCUGUCUGCCUUCCCAGGAUCUACUGUUGGGGGCCGCCCCAUGCCCAAGCUGGCUGACUGGAAGCUGUGUGCUGAUGAGGAAUGCAGCCACCCCAUCUCCAUGGCUGUGGCUCUUCAGGACUACGUAGCCCCCGACUGCCGUUUCCUGACCAUACACAGGGGCCAAAUUGUGUAUGUCUUCUCUAAGCUGAAGGGCCGUGGUCGGCUCUUCUGGGGAGGCAGUGUUCAGGGAGAUUACUAUGGAGACCUGGCUGCUCGCCUGGGCUUUUUCCCCAGUAGCAUUGUACGGGAGGACCAGACCCUGAAACCUGGCAAAAUCGAUGUGAAGACAGAUGUGAGUGUGUUGGGGGCUGGCAGGUAUCUAGAGGGAGGAUCCUUGGGUUUUGAUAAUGGGCAAAAAGGCUUCUACCUUUGGCUGCCUGGAAGCCUAGCUAAGUUUUCUGCCUCAAUUUUCUCAUCUGUAAAAUAGGGCAUGAUUUCUAAGUCCUGUUGCAGUUGAGAGGUGCAAGAUUACAGGGCUCUGGGCUUUUUGCAUUGCACUUGUGUGGCCAAAAUUGGCCCCUAAGGCCUUUGCUAAAAUCCCUAGAUCCUUUGUGGUGUGACCACUGGUUUUGUCCCCACUGUUUUCCUUUUCUCUUUUCCAGAAAUGGGAUUUCUACUGCCAGUGAGCUCAGCCUACCGCUGUCCCAGCUGUUUAUUUCUUCCGGCUUUAUGCAAAUACAUCAGCCAAAUGCAAA